CUUUUGCGCUGAGUCGAUGAAAAGCCUGUCAAAUUGUCUAUGCCAAUUGCUUGUUUAAGUUAUCUUUUUCGUAGGCAGGCCAGUAUAUUAGGAACAACGAGAGAAAGUCGUCACUGAGUAUUCGUUCGCUGUGGCUUGUGUUUCUACUGAAGGACAAUAGUGAUAUGGACAACAUACUUGAAUACACAGUGAAUAUCGACAACGUGGCCGUUAUCCUCCUUCCAACGUUUUUCGUCGGCAACAGAAAUGGCACAACAGAUGUGCAGCAACUUGUUCGAAAAGCUCUAUAUAACAUCGGUUCAAAUAGCACAACGACAACUAUGAAUAAAUCUGAGAUGAAUGACUUGAUCCUGGAUUUUAUAUACUCUGAGAUACAGGUAUGUCACUGGUCACCCGUACAGACGCUCAUGUUCACGGUCGGAGGACGUGGCUGGAGUCAUGUGGGGUAUGUGGACACAACGGGGAAGACUGCUUUCAACGCAGAGAUAUUUCCUAAUACAAGGUUUGGAUUCAACCAGCGCAAAUUCAAGGUGUCUACUCUGGAGUGGGCUCCGUUCGUCAUUGCCUCCGACAACAAUACCUACUAUGGACUGUGUAUUGACCUGUUAGAUCACAUUGCGACAAGUCUGAAUUUUACAUUUGAGGUCGGUUUCCCUCCAGAUAGACAGUGGGGCGUGAUUAAUUCCAAUGGUACAUGGACUGGCAUGGUGGGACAAUUGGCCAAAAGGGAAAUCGAUAUCGUAGCUGCCCCACUGACGACACAAGCCCAGCGCGAGGAGGUAAUGGAUUUCACCUACUCGUUUUAUAUGGACUACACCACAAUUCUAAUGAAGAAAACAGAUCCAAAUCUAACAAAAUGGCGGACUCUUAUAGAUCCGUUCAGUGAAGUACUUCUGUUAUGUGUUUGUAUUUCCAUUCCGGUGGUGUCCCUUUUGCUUUUUCUGUUCGAGCGAUUCAGUCCGUGUUGUGUUGGAGAUGACGAUAGAGAAGAGAAAAGUGGCCUACACACCUACCAGGACGCAUUUUGGUAUGUGUAUGGGGCCCUACUCACACAAGGGGGAGAACACCUUCCACGAUCACAGACUGGCCGUAUCUUGCUAAGCUCCUGGUGGCUUUUCUGUAUCAUUAUGAUGGCAACAUAUAGUGGCAACCUUAUUGCCUUCCUCACUGUCAACAAAGACAAGCCACCCUUCUCUACUGUGGUGGACAUGCUCCAGCAGGACAAUUACCGCUGGGGCACUGUAGGAGGGAGUUCAUGGAUCACGGCAUUUGACGAGACUCGCGCUCCCGAUUUAAUGAAGGUAUGGGCAAAGAUGAAGGAGUUUAAUUCUUCAGAUGCCAGUAUUUUAAGCUCAAAACCUUCUGAACACUUUAAAAAGGUUCUUGGAGGUGGAUAUGCCUACAUUGGAGAUCAGACGCAAAUGGAAGUAAAGAUGGCAAAAGAAUGUUCUCUCCUAAUGUCGGAUGAUGAGUUCAUGCCAUUGCAAUACGCCUUUGGACUUCCAAAUUUUUCGCCUUAUACAAAAAUGUUUUCCGACGAACUACUUCAUGUACACGAGAGCGGGCUAUUACACAUAUGGAAAUCCCGCUGGUGGCCCCAGAGAAACUUCUGUGACGGCGAGUUGGUGACAGCAGCAAAAACUAUUACAUUGAUAGAUGUGCAGAGUGCGUUUUAUCUUAUUGGUAUUGGACUGACACUGGCAACACUAAUAAUUAUCAUGGAAAAGGUUGCGUUUUGGUAUCAAACAAGAGUGCCAUGUCGGAGGUUAAACGGAGCUAACCCAGAUAAUGAGACGGAGUUAACUAGUGGUACCAAUAAUGUUCAAUACAUUGGUUCCAAUUUCCAUGAAAUGAAAGAUUAGUUUACGACAGUUUUGUCAACUUACUUUAAUCACUCUUGCUGACCAAGAUGGAAGCGCGUAAGGGGUCUUACUUGAGAGAAAAGCAGAGAAAAUCCAAUUGGUCGGGCAGAUGACCCCUGCAUUUUUAUGUUACGAUAUGCAUGAUUAUUGCAUUUAUAGCCGGAGAACUUCUGUCCUGCAGGUGGGCGUUUGUUCUGCUACCGCCAAAUGCAGGCACAGUAAGAUGCGACUAAACUUGUGAUCUUAUCUUUCUAGCAAAUUAAUGCUUCCUAAUGUAUCCCAUGACAGGGCCUUUAAUUGAGAAUUCGACACUACGAGGAAAGCUUUGGUUCUGUCCCCUGGCAGAGAAAUACCAGGGUCCAUAGAAAUCAUAGUUGCUAUACCUUCUUAUAGAGUGGGAUGACUGGUGUUCCCGUUGUCAGUUGUUGUGACCGAGUAGCGAGUAUCAGUAUCCCCUAUCAUAAGGAGACAAACACAAACCGCCACCUCCCAAAACCCACGAUAGACCUUCCUUAAACGACAAAUGCUGUGAUAGGACCAUUAUCAACCAAAGCAGACGGCAACUAAAUUUGUUAUCAAUCAAAGACGUAUCUCGUUACCAUGUUUUUUUUUCUAACGUCCUUUCAACAGCUCAUUGUCAUAUAUUUUGCUUGGUUCCUAGAUAUACCGGAUUACUUGCAAUAGAAAAGCAGAUCGCGGUGCAAUAGCGUUAUCAUUUCCGGCAACUGAUUUUAAACUUCGUUUUACAGAAUAUGAUAUUAUUGUAAGAUUUUGUUUAAUACCGUUGCAAAAUAAAUCAAUAUUUAUAUAAUUAAUUACUCUUAAUUGAAGCAAACCUCGAUGACACAGAGACAAUCGCCGUACAUACUUUUAAACCCUUUUUAUUGCAAUGAUUGGUUUGGUUUAUUUUGUUUAACGUCCUAUUAACAGCUAAGGUCAUUGCAAUGAUUUUGCAUUUAUCCUCAUCCUUGCGGGAGUUGAUAGUGAUGCUAAAUGUUCCACCAAGAAUUUUUCUACUAUACAUUAUAAUCAUACCCCAUGCAUUUUUCACGCUUCUUAGUAAAAACAAGAGGCCCAUGGGGCCUGUAUCGCUCACCCUGUUGGAUUUGAUCAAACGUCAAAAUAAUGUUCAUGCUUAAUUCAUUUAUACGUAGCUUUAUUUGUCGAUCUCGAACAAUGCUAUAUAUAGUUAUAGUGAGGGGAUCCCAACUGUUUUAAAGAAAUAACGAAGUCCAGACUCUCUUAGGGUCUGAAAGACCUCAAGAAUUGUUUUUACAACAUGAUUGUGUUUAAAUAAACGAAGUCAUUUAGGGUGCGGAAAAACCCUUAGGCCUAUUUUUACAUCAGAAUUGUGUUUAUUCGUUAAUCUCGAGCGAUGCUAUACAUGGUUAUGGGUUUGAGGGUCACAUCAACCAUUUAUGAAAAUCUGUUCCCCUUUCUCCAAGGAUGCUUCUGACUAAAUUGAGUUAAAAUCCAUUCAUAACUUGAUGAAAAGUAGCGAUUUAAAGGAAUUACCUCUAUCUACACUAUUGGGCCCUGCCCCUUUAGCCCCUUGGGGAUAAUAGUCACCAUUUACGCGAAAUAUGUUCCCCUUCUGUCAACGAUGUUUCUGACCAAAUUAAGUUCAAAUCCAUUUA